UCGUUAACAUUCUGUACUGGAAUCUGUCUGGGCUUUCAGUUAACUGACUUUUUUCAGUUUGGGGAAAGUGGUGUGUUUCUUUUCUACUUAGUUUAAACCUAAUUGUUUGGUUAGAAAUGAAGCCUGUUGGCUUAAAAAGCGUCAAGGUUUGUGAGCCAAAGAGCUCUGUACACCUCGAUGGUCAGCCCCGUUCAUUAGGCCAGAGUAGAAGGAAGGUCAAGCUUAUGGAUGAACGGUCAUAUACUCUUUCAAUUGGCAACGGAGACUAUUUUUGGACAAAUAAAGACACAUUGUGGAACUAUGUGCAGACUCUCUCUGAUCAGGGAGCAGAGAAACAUGAAGGGACAGGUCCAUCCUCUGGGAUCACUGAUCAGGAGAAGGAGUUGUCCACCAAUGCUUUCCAAGCUUUCACAGCUGGAAAUUACGAUGUCUGUCUGCAGCAUCUUGCCUGCCUACAAGAUAUAAACAAAGAUGAUUAUAAAAUAAUUUUGAAUACAGCAGUAGCUGAGUUUUUUAAAAGUAACCAGACAACAACAGAUAGUUUGAGACAAACACUUAACCAGCUGAAGAAUCAGGUACACUCGGCUGUUGAAGAAAUGGAUGGGUUGGAUGAUGUUGAAAACAGCAUGUUGUAUUACAAUCAAGCAGUCAUCCUGUAUCAUCUGCGGCAGUAUACAGAGGCCAUAUCCGUUGGUGAAAAACUUUAUCAGUUCAUAGAACCUUUCGAAGAAAAAUUUGCCCAAGCAGUGUGUUUUUUGCUCGUAGACCUGUAUAUAUUAACCUACCAAGCUGAGAAAGCUUUACAUCUUCUUGCUGUUCUGGAAAAAAUGAUUUCACAGGGAAACAAUAACAAAAAUGGAAAGAAUGAGACCGGUAAUAAUACCAACAAAGACGGAUCUAAUCAUAAAGCUGAAGGUGGAGCGCUAAUAGAAGCUGCAAAGUCAAAAAUACAUCAGUAUAAAGUAAGAGCAUAUAUCCAAAUGAAGUCCCUAAAGGCAUGCAAAAGGGAAAUCAAGUCCGUCAUGAAUACAGCUGGGAAUUCUGCACCUUCCCUGUUUCUUAAGAGCAAUUUUGAGUACUUAAGAGGCAAUUAUCGAAAAGCUGUGAAACUGUUGAAUAGUUCAAACAUUGCUGAGCAUCCAGGAUUCAUGAAAACAGGUGAAUGCUUGCGGUGCAUGUUCUGGAAUAAUCUUGGUUGUAUCCAUUUUGCCAUGAGCAAGCACAAUUUGGGAAUUUUCUACUUUAAGAAGGCUCUGCAGGAGAAUGACAACGUCUGUGCCCAGCUCAGCGCAGGCAGCACCGAUCCAGGCAAAAAAUUUUCAGGAAGACCUAUGUGUACAUUACUAACCAACAAGAGGUAUGAGUUGCUCUAUAACUGUGGGAUUCAGCUGCUUCACAUUGGAAGGCCGCUCGCUGCGUUUGAGUGUCUGAUUGAAGCGGUUCAGGUUUAUCACGCAAACCCCCGCCUCUGGCUGAGGCUGGCUGAAUGCUGCAUUGCUGCCAAUAAGGGAACUUCUGAACAAGAAACCAAAGGUCUUCCAAGUAAAAAAGGAAUUGUACAGUCUAUUGUUGGUCAAGGCUAUCAUCGUAAAAUAGUUCUGGCAUCACAGUCGAUCCAGAAUACUGUUUAUAAUGAUGGACAGUCCUCAGCCAUUCCUGUAGCCAGUAUGGAGUUUGCGGCCAUUUGUCUCCGAAAUGCCUUGCUACUCUUACCUGAAGACCAGCAAGAUCCGAAGCAGGAAAAUGGAUCUAAAAACAGUAAUCAGUUAGGGGGCAACACGGAGAGCAGUGAAAGCAGCGACGCUUGCAGCAGUAAAAGCCACGAUGGAGACAAAUGCAUUCCAGCUCCUCCUUCUUCCCCAUUGAGAAAACAGGAGUUAGAAAACUUAAACCCGCGCCUUUUGUCUUCCAGAUGCUCCAUACUCGCCUGCAGUGCCUACGUGGCUCUGGCUUUGGGUGAUAACCUCAUGGCUCUGAAUCACGCAGAUAAACUUCUUCAGCAGCCCAAGCUGUCAGGAUCUCUGAAGUUCCUGGGUCAUUUAUAUGCUGCAGAAGCCCUCAUCUCUCUGGACAGAAUCUCUGAUGCUAUUACUCACUUGAACCCGGAGAAUGUCACUGAUGUCUCCUUAGGGGUCUCUUCAAACGAGCAGGACCAAGGAUCAGACAGAGGUGAAAAUGAAGCGAUGGAAUCCUCUGGGAAACGGGCCCCUCAGUGCUACCCCAGUUCCGUCAACUCAGCCCGGACGGUGAUGCUGUUCAACCUGGGCAGCGCCUACUGCCUGAGGAGCGAGUAUGACAAGGCCCGGAAGUGUCUUCACCAGGCGGCCUCAAUGAUCCAUCCCAAAGAGGUGCCCCCUGAAGCCAUCCUGUUGGCUGUCUACCUUGAGCUACAGAAUGGUAAUACCCAGCUGGCCUUACAGAUCAUCAAAAGGAAUCAGCUGCUCCCUGCAGUGAAAACACUCUCUGAAAUGAGAAAGAAGCCAGUGUUCCAGCCUGUCCACCCGAUCCAGCCCAUCCAAAUGCCAGCGUUCACUGUGCAGAGAAAAUGAUAGUUUGCUCGUGAAAAACUGUUACCUGAGACCCAGGGGAAUAUUUACAAGCCUUUUUAGUUGUAUCACAGCAAAAUGAAUAAAAGACAUGCUGAAGGGUGCUAGUUUUGAAGACACAAUUUUGAAACAAUUUUAACCCCUGAUUUUUAUUUUAUUUUAUUUUAUUUUAAUUUUUUUGGCUGGAAGCUUACAUACAGUUAAGGAUUCACAAACUCAUUUUCAUCUGUUUUCCAUAUCUUUGCUAGAUUAUUCAUUUUAAGCCAUUAUGUGAUAUAUCUGUCAAAGGCAAUUAAAACACAGUCUUAUCAGAACAGUCUUGUUAAA